GUUAUAUGUGCAGUGGACGGGGCGUCCCGCGGCCGCUGGCUGGAACCUGUUGCUUCGCAGUUCCGUGUUGUGCAAUGGACGGGUGAAUCUUCGUGCUUCGUCAAGACUGCUUUGCCCUCAGGGGUCCUUCUCCUCCUCCUCCUCCUUCUGCUGGAUUCCAGUUGAUCAGCCGGUUUCUGGCUGACUUCAGCCGCUGCAGUGUCCACCAAGAUAUAACAGUUGGUACUAAGAGAGGAUCCGACGAGCUUUUCUCCAGCGUCUCCAACGGCCCGUAUAUCAUGAACACCACAGCCAAUGGCAAUGACAGCAAGAAGUUCAAAGGUGACUUGAGGGGUCCCAACGUGCCGUCCAGGGUCCUGCACAUACGCAAGCUCCCCAUCGACAUCACAGAGACCGAGGUCAUCAGCCUCGGCUUGCCUUUCGGCGACGUCACCAACCUGCUGAUGCUGAAAGCCAAAAACCAGGCCUUCUUGGAGAUGAACUCAGAAGAAGCAGCUCAGAACAUGGUGGGCUAUUACUCCACAGUGAUGCCGGUUAUCAGACAACAACCAGUCUUUGUCCAGUUCUCCAACCACAAGGAGCUCAAAACGGACAACUCCCCCAACCAGGAGAGGGCCCAGGCGGCUCUCCGGGCCCUGAACUCGUCUCACGUGGACACUGCGGCGCUGGUGGUGGCUCCCAGCUCCGUGCUGAGGGUGGUGGUGGAGAAUCUGCUGUACCCCGUCACCCUGGACGCCCUCUGCCAGAUCUUCUCAAAGUUCGGCACCGUGCUGAGGAUCAUCGUUUUCACCAAGAACAACCAGUUCCAGGCUCUGCUGCAGUACGCAGAGGGGGCGUCGGCUCAGGCAGCCAAAGUGUCUCUGGAUGGGCAAAACAUCUACAACGGCUGCUGCACUCUGAGGAUCAGCUUCUCCAAGCUGACGACCCUCAACGUGAAAUACAACAACGACAAGAGCCGCGACUUCACCAGGCCGGACCUGCCGUCUGGAGACAGCCAGCCCACGAUGGAGCACCACGCCAUGGCCACAGCCUUUGGUCCUGGUAUCAUCUCAGCUGCACCGUACACUGGAGCAACUCACGCUUUCCAGCCAGCAUUCGCUCUCCAGCCUGCAGUCUCCUCCCACUACGCAGGCCUGACGGUCCCCACUCUGCCCGGAACCCUGGCCUCUUUGACGCUCCCCGCUGCUGCCAGGCUGGGAUUCCCGGCCAUCCCUGCGGGACACUCUGUCCUGCUGGUCAGCAACCUUAACCCCGAGAGAGUUACGCCCCACUGCCUCUUUAUUCUCUUCGGUGUUUACGGCGACGUGAUGCGAGUGAAGAUUCUCUUCAACAAGAAGGAGAACGCUCUGGUCCAGAUGAGCGACAGCACCCAGGCUCAGCUAGCUAUGAGCCACCUGAAUGGUCAGCGGCUGCACGGGAGGCCUCUCCGCAUCACUUUAUCCAAACACACGAGCGUUCAGCUCCCCCGCGAAGGUCACGAGGACCAGGGUCUGACCAAAGACUACAGCAGCUCCCCCCUGCAUCGCUUCAAAAAGCCCGGAUCCAAGAACUAUUCCAACAUCUUCCCACCGUCGGCCACCUUGCACCUCUCCAACAUCCCCCCCUCUGUGGUUGAAGAGGAUCUGAAGAUGCUGUUUUCCAGUUCAGGAGCUGUGGUUAAGGCCUUCAAGUUCUUUCAGAAGGACCAUAAGAUGGCUCUGAUCCAGAUGGGCUCUGUGGAGGAGGCCAUCGAGUGCCUCAUCCAGCUCCACAACCAUGACCUGGGAGAGAACCACCACCUGCGGGUCUCCUUCUCCAAGUCGUCUAUCUGAGCCUUCGACCCGCCAGUCAGACCCCGGUCAGGGAGCGGACCGGACGGCGCCCACUACACUCCGAUCAUUCCAACAAGCGUCUACAGAAACUACCAUGAAGUCCGAUGUAACCUUAAAUUAUUGUUUUUAAAUUAAUUGAUUCUUCACUUUCAGAGGUCAGGUAUAAAAUUCCGAGGUUUUCCUCUGAAGUCCGGAUCUGGAGCAAUCCAGGUUUUUUUUUUUUUUUUUAGGAAUUUUCAAAAUGUAGCCAGAAGAUUGUUAGAUUACACUUGCAAGUCAGUCUCAACCUUGCUUUAAACAUUUUUUCCCACUUUCUUGCCUUUCGACCUUAAAACCCAGACUCUUGGGGUCUGUUGACCACGGCUCCCACUUAAAUCUUACAAUUCUGAUGUCACAAAUUACUCUGAGAUUGUUCCUGAUCCUCCUGCUGUAGCGUUCCCUGUUCAGGAAGCCGUGGCUUUAUCAAAGGACCCCUGUGCCUUAAUUCUGAAGUCGCAGUGACUUCCUCUUUAACAGAAAGCCUCUGUGAAUUGGCAGGUUUACAGUUGGUAAAGGUUUACUGUAGAGAUGUAUUACAGAUAUAUCCAUAUUUUAAGUGUAUUUUAUUGGUGGUGUUGUCAGUGCUUCGUUAGUGUUUUUGUACUGCUGGUCAUAGAGUGAAACACGUGAACUGUUUUAGAGGGUUUGCUGGAUUUUUAGCCGUAGAAGUUAAUUAUUUUCUUUCCUUUUUGAACUUCUUUAUUUCCACUUAUGCAAUCAUGUUUUUAUCAUUUAUCUUAGCAUUAUUUUAAUCAUUCCUACAUUUUUUUUUUCUUUUCCUUUUCUUGCUUUGGCGGUUUUCUCUGAAAAACGCCACCGAAUGUGUCGUUAGCUCGUCUGUCGCCUUGAAACGGUUUUUAUUUAUACGUUUGUGAUCCACUACAGCUGAAACCAAAAACGGCCUUCUAGAUGCAAACAAAUCUGCCUGCCUCAGGUUUCUGGUCUAGCGGACCAGAAAAAAGGAUUUGUGGACUGGUUCAGGCUCCUGUGGGAAUGUUUAGCGAUUUCUCGACUGGAUCCAGCCCACCGGUGCAACUUCAGUUUGGAAAAAAAAAAAAAAGAGAGUAUGUGGAGUGCCUUCAAAGUAGCACUGAGUUAUAGAUCAGACAUGCAUUCCUCUUUGUUUGGACGCGCUUGGAAGCACUCGGAAUAAAACCAGAAGACACUGGUUUGGUUCGUUAAAUAGUUGUUGUUAUUACGCCGACAUUCCAGCCCCUCAGAGAUCCUCCCCGCCUUCAAAACCCGAGAUUCUACUGCGAGGGGGACGCUUUCCUCUGGCUGAACUGCUGAUUCUGCAGCCGUGAUGCUUUCAGGGCACCUGGGAAAGGUUUCAAAAUAAUCUGCAGAUGUCAUUGGAACUUAAAUGUGACUUAAGUUUGGAGCAACAAAUCAGAUCCAACAUAACUGCAUUCCAUAUCCUAAAAAUCUAGCAUGCAUCCAUAGAUUAAACCACAAAAAUUGUUACGUUUAGGCUAACCGUGAUGCUUGUUAAAGCAUCGUCCUCAGUUUAUAGUGAGAACUAAGAAAGUUGACUUGGGUUACAAUCUAGACGAAGACAGACCAGCAGAGUUAUUUGCUAAAUGUUACAUUUCUGUGCGAUUGUUCUUCAGCAGAUCAGUUCAAGAUCCAAUCGGUUCUCACCCACCCAUUGCUGAAUCGCUGAUAUUUGAAGCCACUGAUUGGAGGCAUUUCUGCAUCCACACUAUAUUUCUUCCCAACAUGUUUGCUGUUAUAAUUGACCUAGCAUGCACAUUUUGAGUAAAUAAGCUGGAUCAUGAGUCAUGCUAAAUUGGUGAACUCUAUAGUUGAGCAUUAAAGGCUUUGAUCCACAUUUGAUUCUUCUAAUUUGGUGUAACUUUAUAAACAGUUUUACUACAUAGUAAAUGGUUUGAGAUUUGACAUUUACAACCUGGUAUUUACGUAAACAUGGUACUUUGUUUUAAGUUUACCUAAAAUAUGCUUAUUUAUCCUCAAUUUAAAACACCCAAAGUACAUUUAUGUAAUUAUUUUUUUUUCCAUCAAAUCCCUUCAAUUGUUUUCAAGAGUUCAUAAAAACUUGAACUCCAUAAAAACAUUUUUAAAAGAGCUUUAGCUGACUGAUCAUUCUCAACAUUCCAUGAACCAAUAAAAUAUUUUCUGCAGUUAAAAAAAAAAAAACUAAACUAAUUUUUCCAGGUGUACUUGAAGGCAUCGUGGUAUGUCUGUGCUGGAUGAGGCAGGUAUGGCAUCAGUCUGUGGCUGGAGGGAGGGGGGAGGUUGGUUAAGUGUAUAUACAUGUUUUAUACACAGUUGUCUGAGGUGAUUAUUGGUUUUAUAUCCGAUGAAACGUGUAUAUUUUGAUUAAAAGUGUGAAACCGGUUCUGAGCCUUACACUGUUUGUGUCACAAAGAAAAAAAAAACAGAUUAAAUAACUUUUUAUCUAAA